AUGGCAACAACCGCUCGACCCGCGCCAUCCCCUGUGAUCCUCCUCAUAUACCCAAUUACCCUGCUCGUGGGCUCAUUGUUCUCGGUCAUUUCUCCCACAGCGCAAAAUCCCAGGUCUGCCACCGCUGGAAAGUCAUCAGGGGCGUUAGCGCCCUCACUUGCCGCCGAUCUGCACAUAUCCGAGAACCCUGUCAACUACUUCGCCCGCAAGAACAAUAUCUUCAAUGUGUAUUUUGUGAAAAUCGGCUGGCUCUGGACCACCGUUGCCUUCGCCUCUCUGCUUCUCGUACAACCCGCAUACCGUUUCUCCCCCGCCCUGCCCCCGUCGCAGCAACAAACACGAGUCCGCCGUACCCUACAAGCCUUCCUGCGCUAUGCCCUUGCAACGACGGUAUGGUACCUGAUGACCCAAUGGUGCUUUGGGCCGGCUGUUAUCGACCGUAGCUUUGUGUUCACGGGCGGAAAAUGCCAAACCAUCCUGAACGAGGCGAAGACUCUGGACCCACAAUCAAGUGCCUCGGCCCAGCUGGAAACGCUGUUUAGCGCUGCGGCUUGCAAAGCAGCUGGCGGGGCUUGGAGAGGGGGCCAUGACAUCAGUGGGCAUGUGUUCAUGCUGGUAUUGGCAACCUCGCUUCUCACGUUCGAGGCGAUUGGGGUCGGUGCAUUCUCGUUCCGUACGGCCGCGGAACAUGAGGCGGGUCGUGAGCGCAAAUCAAGCGACCCGGCCAUCUCCGAGCACAGCGGCUCUGCGGACGGGUCUGGAGUAGCGAGGAAAUGGGCUCUUCGUUUAGUGUGGACCGUUGUAGGUCUGAGACUGGUGGAUGCUCUACAUGACUUCCAUUUGGUUCCAUACAUGGCUGGAGAAGGUGAGUGA